AUGGAGAACGGCGGCGAAACCCUCGCCUCCCCCACCGCCGCCGCCGCCGCCGAGAAGGCCGCGCUCAACGGCGGCGUCGCGGACGAGGAGCAGGUCCCCAUCACCCACCCCGCAAAGUCCUACGCCGCGGUCGCCGCCGAGAACCCCGCUCCUAACGGCGGCGUCGCGAAGGAGGAGGAGGAGGAAGAGGGGGUCGCCGGCGCCCACACCGCCGCCAUGUCCUACGCUGCCGUCGCCGCCCGCGCCGAGAUCAAGGACCUCCGCGCCGCCAAGCUCGACCUGGAGGCGAAGCUCGCCGAGGCCCGCCGUGAGAACAAGUCCCUCGCCGAGGAGACGCACCGCAUCGAGGGGGUCUUCAUGCAGGCCCGGGAGGAGGUCACCAUCGCCGAGCUCGCCGCCGCCUCUGCCGAGAAGGAGGUCGCCUCGCUCCGCACGGAGGUCGACCGCCUCGAGGCCCUCCUCAAGGCCGAGAAGGGCGAGCACGAGCUGGACAAGGAGAGCCACGAGAAGCUCGCCAAGGAGGUGGAUGCCGUGCGCCAGGAGAAGCUCAAGCUCGAGGAGGAGAUCAGCGCCCUGAAGGCUUCCGCCGCCGCCGCCACCACCAAGGAGAGGGAGGCUGCGCCGGCGGCUGAGACCCUGAAGGAAGGGGAUAUUGCGUGGCUGGGGAUGGCGGUGGCUGCGGCUGCCGGCGCCGCCGGCACGGCUGCCGUCAUACUGAUCUAUCUCCGCCUUAAGAGGUAA